UAGACUCUCUCGGGCUGCGUCCCAAACCGCAAACUACAUACUGCGUUCAUAUUAAUUAGUACUGCAUUGUUGGAUUUGGGACGCGAGCGCGGUAACCUCUGACCCCUAUUAAGUAGUUUAGGGUGCAGGUUUGGGCGUGGCCUUUCCUCCUUUGACUUUAGACGUGAGGAAUCUUUGGUUAGUGUUAGUGUUUCUUCACUUCUUACUCGGUCGGUGUGUUUGAUGAUUGGUGUAAUAAGAAGGCUUAUUCUGGGAGGUUUAGAUUGAAGAAGCAGGCUGAAGGUGGUAUGAUUAACUAACUAACUAACUAACUAACAUGGCGGAGCAAAUCUACGACAUUAAAGGAGCUCCCAACUCCGGAAGUCAGUUUACUGAAGACCCGGAGUUGGAGGCGAUCAAAGCGCGGGUGAUGGAGCUGGAGGAAGAGGAGGAGGAGAAGCUGAGGGAAGCGCAGUACUGUUCAGACAAGCCGUUUCCCUAUGGCCCUCUACAGACAGGACUUUUCUACAGUAUGACACCCGAGGAGAGGGUAGACGCUGACACCAGAUCCGUCUACGUGGGGAACGUGGAUUAUGGGACGACUGCCGAUGAGCUGGAGAUCUACUUUAACGGCUGUGGCCACGUGAACAGGGUCACUAUACUGUGUGACAAAUUCACUGGCCAUCCGAAAGGGUUUGCAUACAUCGAGUUCUCUGAUAGAGAGUCGGUGAGGAUGGCCAUGGCUUUGGAUGAAACCUUAUUCAGAGGACGCGUCAUUAAGGUCUUACCGAAACGCACCAACAUGCCAGGCAUCAGCAGCACAGACAGAGGGUUCGCGCGAGGGGGGCGUUUCCGAGGUCGAGGCGUCCGCACUUCCCGCUUCCAUAAUGGCUUCCAGGGCAGAUUCCGCGGCUUCAUCAGGGGAAGUGGAAGAGCCCAGCCUUGGUACAUAUCAUACUGACAGAAUGAAAAGAGUCUGUUUUAGUUUUAUUUUUUCUUUUCGAAGCACUUAUGGGUGCUAACUCUUCAGUGCUGUUACGUUCCUGUCUUUAAUGGACUCCCAGUCUACACAUGGAUCUUCAUAGUUACAUUUUAAGUGCGUAUAUAUUUUUGUAUGGCUUCUCAUAUAUUUUGUCUGACUUUAAGCCUGAACGAUGAGGAGACUUGAUUUACACCGUUGACGUUAUUUUAUUUCUCUUUUUAUAAUGUCUUUUCUGUAAAAAUGAGCUGGUUGGAGGCUGGAGUGCCUUUUGAAUUUCAGUAUUUUUUUUUUUUUUUGUCUAAUUUUCUAUCUCCCAUUCAUUGUUUGUUAAACAUUGACAGAAGAAUAUAAAUAAAAACAUUUUGCUCUCUCCUG